UCCGCGCGCGCACAGGGACAGCCACCCAGCGCCGGUGCCGCUCCCGUCCGGGCACAGACGCAACACGCGCGUUAAUGCGCCAAUCGCCUUUUCGCCUUGCCUUUUGGCAGGCCACGCGUCGCACUGUGCUAUCCCGAUCGCCGUCUAGCUCCGGGCGAAGAGGAGGUGCUACGAGCUGCUGUCGGCUACCUAAGGCUGACGAUCGAGCUAGGGGGGCAGCGCCAACUGCCCUAUACAUGUACUCCCAACUCCUACAGAGCAGCAGAUCAGUCGCCGGGCGUCAGGGACACAAAUUAAAGGUAGAGAGACAGAGAGGGAGGAGACCGAGCUCUCGAGCAGAGUAGUACACGAUGGCCAGCGGUGGUGCCGGCGCGAUGAACGGCGGCACCGCGACCGUUGCCAGCGCCAAGGCCGUCGCCGUCCCCCUCAGGUUGCAGCACUACCUGGUGAUGGCCGGGGUGGCGGCCGCGGUCGUCCUCGCCUGCCUCAGGUACGCGCCGGCCGCCGCGGGGUACGGCUUCUUGGCCAUGGCACCGCCGGGGGUGGAGGCAGGCGCGGCGGCUCGCGUCGCCGCGGUCGCUGUCGCCCGCGCGGCCGACGGCGGCGAGGGUGGCGAGGCUGUUGCUGCUGCUGGUGCCCGGGACCCUCCGGCCCCGGCGGCGCCGUCGGUGGUGAUCUUCAACUUCGGGGACUCCAACUCCGACACGGGCGGCAUGGCGGCGGUCAACGGGAUGAACAUCAACCUGCCGGAGGGACGCACCUUCUUCCGACGACCCACCGGCAGGCUCUCCGACGGCCGCCUCGUCAUCGACUUCAUCUGUGAGAGCCUGCACACGCCGUACCUGAGCCCCUACCUCAAGGCGCUAGGCGCGGACUUCAGGAACGGCGUCAACUUCGCCAUCGGCGGCUCCACGGCGACGCCGGGCGGGUCACCUUUCUCGCUGGACGUGCAGCUCCACCAGUGGCUCUACUUCAGGGCCAGAUCCAUGGAAAUGAUCAACCUAGGACAGAGACCCCCGAUCGAUCGCGACGGAUUCAGGAGGGCCAUCUACACCAUCGACAUCGGGCAGAAUGAUCUGUCCGCUUACAUGCACCUGCCCUUCGAUCAAGUGGUUGCCAAGAUCCCCGCCAUAGUUGCUCAGAUCAAGUACACCAUCGAGACCCUGUACGCGCACGGCGCCCGCAAGUUCUGGAUCCACGGCACCGGCGCGCUGGGCUGCCUGCCGCAGAAGCUGGCCAUCCCGCGGGACGAUAACGCCGACCUCGACGCCCACGGCUGCCUCAAGACCUACAACGCCGCCGCCCGGCGCUUCAACGCGCAGCUCGCCGAGGCCCUCGCCCAGCUCCGGCGACGGACGGUGGACGCCGCGCUCGUCUUCGUCGACAUGUACGCCAUCAAGUACGACCUGGUCGCCAACCACACCGCGCACGGCAUCGCCAGGCCGCUCAUGGCGUGCUGCGGCUACGGCGGCCCGCCCUACAACUACAACCACUUCAAGGCGUGCAUGUCCGCGGAGAUGCAGCUCUGCGACGUCGGUGCGCGGUUCAUCAGCUGGGACGGCGUGCACUUCACCGAGGCCGCCAACGCCAUCGUCGCCGCCAAGGUGCUCACCGGAGACUACUCCACGCCCAGGGUCACCAUCGCCAGCCUCGUCGACGCCAAGCUCGUGCCCAACGAUGGCUAGCUCGCUCGGGCUUGAUGAUCAUCGAUCGGUAGAAAUCCCAUUAAUUUGUUUGGUUAUUUUGUGCCCAUGGUAGAAGUGAUGAUGCAAAUUUGGCCAAGAUUAUUGCAGCGAAUUCGUGAAGAGCUGGUGUUCACCGCUACACCAAAAACAAUUUGUGCUGACACCUUAAUUUUUAGGUACUGGCGUGCAUGAUUGGCACUUGCCAGCAUAAAAGGUCUAUUGGACAGCAUGUUAAAAACCAUCACUACAAAUGCAUUUGUGGUGGCAGGUGACAUAACCGCUUGCCAGCACAAAUGGAGGCUAUUUGUGCUGGUGGGUGCUUAUGCCACCAUCAGCACAAAUGCAUUUCAAUUUAUAUUGAUGGGAAGGGCUAAACAUUUCUAAUUAGCCAAA